AUGGCGGUAAAUGAAAUUGUUACUGAAGCUGAAUUAAGGGAAAAAAUUCGUAUAAUAGAGGAGGAAAAUAAAAAAUUAGAAAAUGAGAAGUUAACGAUCGCUGAACUUGCAAGAGAAGUUCUUCAAAAAAAUUGCAACAAAGAUGUGGAAAUCGAAUCGCUGAAGCGAGAUAUUGAGAAAUACGUGGAAGAAAUCUCGCAAAAAUCACUUGUUCAUUUUUUUAAAAUUAAACGUCGUUUUUUAAAUCUCAAAUUAACUUUGCAAAACCGUAAUAACGACCUUGUUUCUGCCGAGCAAAGAAAUUUGCAAUUUCAACAAGAACUUGAAAUUAAAAAUAAUAUUAUCGCAGAACUUCGUAAGCAAGCGUUAAUGCCAUCACCAGAUAUUUCUAGAAAUGAUGAGGAGAAUUUGGAACUCAUUUCUGCUUCAAACAAAAUGGUGGAAAUGGAGCGGGAAUAUAAAAUUUUGGCUGAUGAAUUUGAAAAAGCAAAUGUGCGUAUCUGUGAAUUACAGUGGUGUUUGGAAAAGGAGGUUUCUCAAAAAAAGGAACUCGAUCAACUUUACAGGGGUACUCAAAAUGAAAUUCAGUUUGUCGAUGAGAGAUUAAAGCUUGAAAAAGAUCUGGUCUUGCUUAAAACACAGAAUGACCGGUUGAGAGCGCAGUUAGAAGAAAAUAAACAAGAAAAUGAAGAACUGAGGCAAGAAAUUUAUCUCUUGCGUAAUCAUCGAAAUGGAAUUGAUGAAGAAAAUAUAGUCGAUACGCACUCCGAAAUAUCAAAGUUGCGCAUGGAAAUAGCAGUGCUCACUGAAAAAUUAGCUAAUCAAACAUCAACGGCAGAAUUAAAGAUUCCUCCAGAAAAAGAAAAUCCUGUCUUGUAUAGCCGUAUAUACAAUUAUACGAAUGCAUGCUUAACUGAAGCAAGGAAGGAAGUGAAAGCAUUGACGAGAAAAUUAGAGCAAGCUAUAAAAGAAAGAAAUGAAUAUUUUGAUAAAUUUGAAUAUUCCAACAUACAACAUUUGCGCGAAGCCAGCAGAAAUCGAGAGCUUGAAUGUGAAUUAGAGCUUUUAAAAAAAAAGAUUGAGUUGGGAGAAAAUCGCUGUAAUAGACAGAUAAUAGGUGCGAAAGAAAUUUGUGAAAAGGUUAAUGCUUUGAAUGAACAUGGUAGUAUUUGUCCAUCGCUCACUUUCAACAGUUCUGUUCAGUCAAUUUCUCAAAAUGAUUCGACAUUAGUACAUGAAACAGUAACACACUGUGAUUAUGAUGCAAAGAAUGAAGACAAUUCAAAAUGUACCAAUGAGAACUCAGAUCGAGUUGAAUCGCAAUCAAAUUUGAAAAGGAUUAUAACAGUGAAUGAAAAUGGAAUAAUACCAUUACAAAAAUGCUUUAAAUUUACAAAAAAACAAAAGGAAGCGUCUGCAAAAAAUCCGGUUCUAGUCAGUGGUAAUUCCACUCGUAAAACGCGGUUAGCAUUACGGAAGAAACGUAUUCCUCGUAUGGAAGAAUUUGAGUGA